AUGUCGGAUAUUCAUGACGAAGACAAGAUCAAGAUAGAAGAUGCAGAAGCACAUGGCCAGGAACCGAAGACGCUUGACAGCUAUGAUGCUCUUGUAAAGCAACUGCGUCAGGAGCUGGCAACUCGCAACAACGAGCUGAAGCAAAGCAACGUCGCCCUCGAGGAAGCGCAGGCUCGCAUCAGCGCCCUCGAGAAUGCUCAAACCCUCUCUUCAACCACUACCGCCAUCUUCGACCUUCAGCAAGAGCUCGGCCAGGCCAAACAAGAACUCGAUGAGGCCAAGCACAGAGAGGCUUGCGGUGAUGAGCGUGAGGAAGACCGUCGCAGCUACAUCGCAGAGCUUCGCGGCAAGCUGAUUAGUGCUGAACGCGAUGCUCAAGUCGCCAAGAAGGCAUUGGCUGAAGAGAAAGAGAUGUCCAAGGCAGUCCAUUCGGAGAGAGCAGAGCUCAUCGGCGAGGUGUACAGACUCACUGUCGACCUUGGUGUCACAAAGAGCUUAUUGGAGAGAAGGACUUAA